AUGAGCCCUAUCCAAGCGCAUCCGCCUGUGCGCGUCUUCAUCGCCGGUGGCUCGUACGCUGGCCUCUCGAGCGCACUCAACCUCCUCGACAUCGCCGAGGGGCUCACACCGCGGGUCGCGCGCGAGCCCCAUGUGCACCACCCAGAUCUUCCCAAGUUCGACAUUGAGAUCACCGUGGUGGACGAGCGUGAUGGCUUCUACCACCUUAUCGGCACACCUCUGGCCCUCUGCGACGCCGAAUACUCGAAGAAGGCGUGGGUUAAGUUUAGUGACGUUCCCUCCCUUGACCAUCCCAGCAUCAAGGUCUUGCAGGGCAGUGUGACGCACGUGGACUGCGAGACCAAGAAGGCCACCGUGGUCGACCACGCUUCGAAGGAGGCGGCCAUGUACGAGUACGACUACUUCAUCGCCGCCUCUGGUCUGCGCCGCGUGUGGCCCGUGGCCCCUCGUGCCUUGACGAGGAAGCAGUACCUCAUUGAGGCGAGCGAGCUCAUUCACACGGUGGACAAUGCGAAAGACGGAGUCGUUGUCGUUGGAGGAGGCGCUGUAGGGAUCGAGGUGGCUGCGGAGCUGAAGCUCGUCAAGCCGCACGUCAAUGUGACACUAGUUCACUCGCGCGACAAGCUGCUGUCGUCGGAAGGGCUGUCAGAGGAGUGCAAGGAUAAGGCGCUGGAACUGCUGCUCGAGAGUGGCGUCGAGGUCCUCAUGGGCCACCGCUUGAAGGAGUCGAAGCCGGUCGACAAUGGAGACGGCGCACCACGGUUCGAGAUCCUGUUUACGAAUGGCAAGACCAUGGUCGCGAGCGAGGUGAUCAUGGCCAUUUCCAAGAGUGUGCCAACGACCACGUACCUCCCCACGUCUGCGCUGGAUGAGGAGGGUCUCGUCAAGAUCAGGCCCAACCUGAAGCUCCCCCAGGAGACGCCCAACUCGGAGUACCACUUUUGCGCGGGCGACGCCGUCCUAUGGUCUGGUAUCAAGCGCUGCGGUGGCGCCAUGUACAUGGGCUGGAUCUCGGCCAAUAACAUCCACCAGUCCAUCUUGCGGGAUUUUGUCGGCCACAAGCCCAAGUUCUUUGAGAUGCAGCCGACGCCCCCCAUGAUCGGCCUCGCCGUGGGCAAGCAGGCCGUGUCGUACGGGCCCGAGGUCGGCACGGCGUGGGGCGAGGACGUGAUGCAGGCGUACUUCAACAACGACCUGGGCUUUGACAUUUGCUGGAACUACAUGCAGCUUUCUGGGCGCAAGGACGAGGUCAAGGUAUGA